UUUCUUCUAAAUUCGCUUUAUAAAUAAGAUAUAAUUUACUCUUCUCUUAUUUCUCUGGUUUCUCUCUUGCUUAUUUACUCCCGGUUUCCAAUAAAAUUGAAGUAGUCGUAAAAAAGUUAUUGAAUAUCCACAGCUGAAAGCAGAAAGAAAGCAAAACUUUGGCUUACUUAAAACUCAAAAUCACUUUCUUGUUCAUCAUUUCGAUAUGUUCACGAGUCAGUUUUCAUACAAUAGGCUUACUGGUAACAUCAAACAGUGCUCAAGAUUGACUUUAAGAAUAUUUAUUUAAUAUUAUUUCAUAUCUUGUUGUUGUUGCGAAAUUAAAUAUAAGCAAUUAUAUAAAUUGUUAAAAAAGAGAUAUUGUAGAUUAAGUUUCGUUCCAGUUCAAUAAAUCAAAAUAACAAUGCAAGACUUAUGGCUUAGAAUUUUAGUCUUUACUUCAAGUUUUAUCAUAAUAUAUUGUGAUCAAGAAUCAACGCUAAUCCAAAAAUAUCCAGCCGAAUAUGAACAAUAUCUUCAAUCAAUAACAGAACAAAAUAAUGUUGAAGGACCUAUUGUAAAUGAAAAGCUAAGUGAUGAGCAGCCUCAAGCAGGACCUGGCAGCAAUUUCGUUCAAUGGCUUCAAAUUCUUUUAGGUAUUACUACAACUACAGCUGCUCCAAUAACAUCGGCUAAACCACCGACAGAUUGUGAGCCAUGUACUGUGUGUGGAAGUGCUGUGAAUGGAACUAAGAUCGUAGGUGGAACAGAAACAAUAAGGAACCAAUAUCCAUGGAUGGCCAUGCUUUUAUAUUCAAAUAGGUUCUAUUGUGGUGCUACCUUAAUUACUGACAUGCAUGUUUUGGCUGCGCAUUGUGUGAGUGGAUUUAAUCCUCAACGUAUAUCUGUAAGACUUCUUGAACAUGAUAGAUCUGACCCAAAUGACACGACUACAAUCACGAGAAAUGUUGAAAAAAUCACAAAACAUCCGAGAUAUUCGCAAUCAACGUUUGACAAUGAUAUAGCUAUAAUAAAAUUAGAUAAGCGAGUCAAAUUUGAAGGGAUUCUAAAUCCAGUUUGCAUGCCAACAAAAGGAGAAUGGUACACUGGACGUGAUGGUAUAGUUGCAGGAUGGGGUACAUUAAAGGAAGGUGGUGAUGUGUCAAACACAUUACAGCAUGUAGCAGUUCCAAUUAUUUCAAAUGCUGCUUGCAGACGCACAGGAUAUGCUCCCACUAGAAUCACUGACAACAUGGGCGACAGUGGAGGUCCGCUAGUUGUUGCUGAUGAAACGACGAAUGUUCAUCAAUUAGUUGGUGUUGUGAGCUGGGGAGAAGGAUGCGCGAAAAAAAAUUAUCCUGGAGUGUACGCUCGAGUUAAUCGAUACGGUAGACAUUAA